UAGAUGGCGGUGAGUCAGAUGUAAACACACUUUGACAACAAAGCUGUAGUUAUAUUUUCUCUCUAGUGAAAUUCUCUAUUUGUAAUUCCUAAACCUUUUCGUACUUACUUCCCAUGGAUGGACAUGUGAAUAUAGAUCGUGACGAGCGAGUAACCCCAUUGGAAGAUGGUGCAACUAAGGGAAGGAAGAGGAGAAGGUCUCAAAAUGUAGAAGGAAACCAGGCCUCUCGUAUGCCCUCCCAUUCCGUUGGCGUUAAUCCUGAAGUUGAGAACAUAGAAGGUGUUGGGCAGGAAGCAGGAGCUACUUACCCAACUGGUCAUCCUAGAGAUACUGGACCUCAGGGACCUAUUCGUCGUCACCCAAGAAGAGGUGGAGCCGAAGGUGGAGGUGCAGCAGGGCCCCCAGAUGGAAGAGAUGGGCCCCAUCCUAGAGACCGAAGAGAACAAAUGCCAGAUGGCAGACCAAAUGGCAAUCUUGUUGAAUGGGAGGAAGAGGAAGAGGAAGAACUGAAGUAUGGAGCACAGCAUGUCAUCAAGUUAUUCAUCCCAGUUUCGCUCUGCAUGUUGGUAGUUGUUGCUACUGUGUCUUCAGUCACAUUCUACACAGAAAAAGGAAUGUAUUUAUUGUACACACCUUUUCAUGAAGAAUCAUCAAGCGUCUCAGACAGAGUACAUGAUGCAGCCCUCAAUGCGCUUAUUCUCUUGGGUGUUGUAGUUGGGUUAACCGUGAUACUCAUUAUCCUCUACAAGCAACGUUGCUAUAAGAUAAUUCAUGGAUGGCUUCUUUUGUCUUCAUUGCUGUUACUCUUCAUCUUUACCAUUACGUACAUAAUGGAGUUAUUAAGAGGCUACAACAUAGGAAUGGAUUGGAUCACCGUCUCAAUCUGCGUGUGGAACUUUGGAGUGGUGGGAAUGGUGUGCAUCCACUGGCAUGGACCCUUACGCCUCCAGCAAGCAUACCUCAUUUUCAUUGCCUCAUUAAUGUCUCUGAUGUUCAUCAAGUAUCUACCAGAAUACACGCUCUGGAUGGUGUUAGCUGUUAUCUCUGUUUGGGAUUUAGUUGCAGUGCUAUGUCCCAAAGGACCUCUUCGGAUUUUGGUUGAGACUGCACAAGAAAGAAAUGAGCCUAUUUUUCCAGCACUUAUAUAUUCGUCAAAUAUUAUGUACAGCACAUUGGGCAUGGCAGACUCUGAAGAAGACAGGAAUGCAAGAGCUCGAGCAAGGCAACCCCCCCAUGAGGAGCACAAUGCUACAAGUAUGGCAGAGGCUGAAAGGGAACAGGGUGAAGUUAUCCCUCCCAGGAAUAGACGAAAUAAUGCUGAAAAUGGUCAUAUAAAUAGAGAUACAGAUGCUGGGUUUACAAAUGAAUGGGCUCAACAGCUCGAUGACAGAGCUGUGAGGAGACGUGAGCAGGUGACACAGCAUCAACAGCAACAUCCAACUAACAUUGAACAAGUUCAGGCUCACCCAAGAGAUCUAACUUCAGAUGAAGAUGAUGAAAGAGGUGUGAAGCUUGGUCUUGGGGAUUUUAUAUUCUAUAGUGUGUUGGUUGGAAAAGCUUCAUCAUAUGGGGACUGGAAUACUACCAUUGCCUGCUUCAUUGCCAUACUUAUUGGACUAUGUCUGACACUCAUCAUGUUGGCUAUCUUCAAGAAGGCACUGCCAGCCUUACCCAUAUCUAUAACUUUUGGCCUGAUAUUCUACUUCUCAACAUCUCUGCUGGUGGUACCAUUCACGGAAAGGUUGGCCAGUGAACAGGUUUAUAUAUAGUAUCAACUAAGACUUCAUUAUAGUGCCCUAGGAGCAAUAUUGAGUUAAGAAGCUUUAUAUGUCGGGAGAAAUCUUAAUAGAGUCGAUGCAGUGUUUAUUGAGCAUAGCGAUGGUUUUUAAUUCCUUGCAGUUACAGUAUACUUGUUGGGUAAUAAUUAACUUUAUUCUCAUU